AUGGAUUGGACCAGUAAAAAAACAGCUUGGAAGGCAUUGCAAUUCUUAUUGUAUGGUAAUACUAACGAAGAAAUAUCUAGUCGAGCUCGUGCUACUGGCUACUAUUCUGAAAAUAAUUACAUGAUUCUAGUUCGCCUAAACUUAAACGAUCACGUAACUCAACUUUAUAAUAAAGUUCUUGAAUUGUUCAGAAGAGUGAGUACAAAAAUAAAAAAGGAGUUUCAACCGUUCGAAGUUAUUCAACUUAUACAAGGCAGUGAUCCUAUCGUAAAACAACUUUCUUCAAAAGCUCGUCGUCAUUUACGUCUUGAUGAUCAAGUGUCUGAUAGUGAUGUUGACGUCAGUCGACUGGUCAAUCUUCCUUGUUUCAUUUUGGUUAAUCGUAAGCUUGGAAGAGGCGAACGUUUACCCUCAAGUUGUAUGGCUUUUGAUGUUCGUUCACGGUAUAACGGAGACGCUGCAGAUAUGAGAGGAUUUGCAUCAACAUUCAUUCAGGAUAUCGGUCGAUGUUGUGGACAUCAUAAACCGAAAGCCCUUGUAUUAGUGUCAGUCUUCGAUGAAACACAGCAAUCCGGUGGUGAAGUAGGUCGUCUGAUGUUCGAAGAUAUCGAAUUUUUUCGGCUUCAUGGACUACUGACGAAAACCCAGGCAGCAACAACUUCUCAUCCAGAAAAAAAUGCAAAAUCCUUCAGUAAGUUGUCAUCAUAUACUAUCGUUUUAGAUGCUGAGCCGCAAAUUGGCAAAACCGGCGCCAUUCUGUCGAUGCUGGACAUAUUGUAUUCUGAACAUGCUUCUUUUUCAAAAGUUCUAUCAGAAUCUCAAGUGACAAUGACACCGGAACGCACAACAAUCAUAACUAGCGAGUUGAAAAAAAUAACAACAGAUUUGUGUAAGAUCGUCGAUAAUCCUGACGAGAUGAUAGACACAAAAGUUGACAAACUAAAGAAGGCGUUACAAACUGAUAAUCUCUUUGAAAAGUAUCAUGAUCUUAUCAGUCAACAUGAAGCAAUUAAAAGUCUUUCUAAGAGUAUUUACGACCGUGAUCUCUAUAAGCCGAUGAGUUUAGUGCAAAAAGCUAGAGAUCCGGAUUUCUCCAUUAUUGAUUGUGGUUGCGGUUUACACGGUAUUGUGCGUAUUUUUCGAGCAAAUUCAUCAGAUUUUGAUCUGCAUGUUCGCGUUCUCGGGAUCGAUCUACAUAAAAGCAUUCUCGAACUGGAAAACCUUCAACCAGCUGAUCCGAAGGUUACCUUUAAAGCCCACGUUGAAGAUAUGGCGUCUAAUAAUGUAGCACAGCUUCAAAAUGCUUCUACUAAUGUAGUUCUCUAUUGUUUGUCGCUUUUUGAGAACGAUAUUACUCGACACAUAAAUUGGGCAAACAAACAACUUAAAAUCAGCGGUACGCUAAUUAUUGCAGAUGUUUUUCGACGAUUUCCGAGCAACUUCAAAUUUUUAAUAGAAAAACAUGGAUUUAUAGGUCAAGAGCCGUAUAAAAUAUGUGAUGUGUACGAAGUAUGGUCAUUUAAAAAGCAAUUAGAUACUAUCAAUGAUUCAGACACUGUACAAUUAAAGCCAUACUAA